AUGUGGUUAAAGUUCCCGUCUAGAGAAGAAACAUCCCAAUACAUCAUCCAGGAGGCAAUCCAAAGGGAAUCAAUUGUACAUCUUGUCAAAGGAGAGCUUCUCAUGGCCAAGACCCCCAAUCUACCAUCAGCAGAAUUCCAAAGACUUUAUCUCGCUUUUAUCAACUUGAAGACUCCCAUAGAUUCCAAGAAAGCUUCAUCGUUGAUGAACUUGAUUAUGAAACAUCUGAGUCAUCCAAAAACCCCAGAGAUGGGUGCCUUCGAUGAGGACGCGAACACAGUACGAUUAUUAUUACAUCUUGAGGAAUAUCAUCAGGAGAGCUAUCUACAAUCCAAAGCAUUGAUCAAAACGCAGAAGGUUCAAGAGAAAAUACUUCAGAGUGACAUAAGUUUCCAACUUUCAGAUAGCAGAUUAUCAUCACGCGUCAAACGUCUUUUGAACGAACUUCAAAACACAAAAUUUAUCAAUGAGCAGCAUAUCUUCACGAUAUUUCAAAUCUUGAAACAAGAAAAAAUGUCAGGUCCUCAACUAGGAAGAUUUUUCAGAGCCUUAAAUCUUGUCUUCAACGGAAACAAGGUGAUGUAUCAGCACUUUGAUCACCAACUGAAUGAAUAUCCCGAAAUUGUUUCAAAGCUUUUGAAAAUGUUGAUAAAGCACGAAUAUCGUGCAGCAAAGAAGUAUAGAAGUUCUCUUGUAGAGGCUUUGAUAUCCAAAGGAGUGCUUUCAGAAAGUGAUACUGCUGAAGAUUCCGAAAACUUGCGCGGAUCGUUCAAACAACCUCUCCUCACGAGUAUGUUGUAUGUGAUCUUCAAGAAGAUGUCGUUGUAUGAGGUGAUCACUUGUCUUGAUCGGAAAGAAAUGUUGACCAUGGGGAUGAGCAAAGGUAGCAAAACUUAUCACCUGGGCAAGAUGUACCAGCUUCAAGACGUGAUUUUAGCUUUUGUAACACUUAUUGCAUUACGUUCAAAAAUGGUAUCCAUAGUUUUAAAAUUGGAGAAGAUGAUGAAACAUGUGAUCAAUUAUAUCUACAUGAGCACAUUAAAUUACAGAACUGUGCCCUCGAUGCUCUGUAAUGAUGAAGCUGAGGUCCUAGCUUGGAGCAAAUAUGCCGGGAAUGCCGUAGUUUUGACAAGGGCUGAGGUGACUUGA